AUGGCCUCUCUUGUCCCCAUCAAGUUCAGCGAACUUACUGCCAAGUACCAGGGACUCAAUGGCAAGCUCCUCCUGAAUGCUAAGGGAAAAAUACCCGGAUUCUUCCUCAAACCCUUCUUUGACCAAGAGAUCUGGGUGGGCGCACUCAAGUUUGCCGUCUUGGCUUACAGCGGUGGCCUUUCCAAGCUCCCCCACGAGAAGGAGGUGGAGUUCGACUUCGAACUUCCAAUCCAUCUGCCCAUCCACGAUUUCAACAACGAGACGGUCCUGAUCAAGACCGCCUUUGGCAUUUCUGAGAUCAAGAUUGAGUAUCUUGACUGGGCCAAGCCCACUACGGAUCUUACUGCGUCUCUUCUGGCUGCCGUAGACGACAUCACCCUGGCUAGCAACCCAGACAAGAAAUCAGGCUACAACACAAUUAUCCGCCCUCCUAAGCACUUUUAUCUCUCGGACACGGGUAACCUUGAAAUCACAGCUGAGGUCCCCAAGCAGCCGAAUGCUUCGGUAAACAUUGAUUUCAACCCCAACUUCAUCAGACUGGUUUCUUCCAGUUAUGAAAAAGGGUUCAUCAAGUGGACCAUUGCGUGGGAAAAUGUUCCAGACCUUUCACACGACCCCCAGCGCGUUAGUGUAAUCACCACUAUCCCGCCCGAGGUCAAGAUCCAGAUCUGGCCUCCCAUUCCCGACCCCAAAGACAUUCAACCCUACCUUAUCCACCGCUUGUUCAUGCUUUCAGAUCAGAAAGAGUGA